GGAUUCAGGAAAAGUCAGUGAAACUUUCUUUCACUGUCAGAGCGAGCAACUAAAACCUCUCCUGUCUCUCAGUAGAUGUUCGUCAAGGUCAGGUCCUGAUCCUCUCUCUCUCUCUCUAGCUCUCUCUAAUCAAUUUGAGGUCUCUGAGUCCAAAUUGUUUUAAUCUCAGAUUGAUGGCCUCGGUUUUUACAUGACUUAGUUUUCUUCUCAAGAUCUGGAUAUGGUAACUCCCAGUUUUCUGUGGAAUUUUGCUAAGAACUCUGUGACGGGCGGAUUGAUAGCUCUUACCAUUUCGGAUAGAUAUGCAAGUGUUGUUUCUGUGCAAGGCCUCUCCAUGCAUCCCACAUUCAAUCCAGGCACAACCGCCUUUCUGGGAUCAUUGACAGGUGACUAUGUUUUGGUGGAGAAGUUUUGCCUUGAAAAAUAUAAAUUUUCACAUGGUGACGUGAUAGUCUUUCGGUCCCUUAUUAAUCACAAGGAGAAACACAUGAAGAGAAUAAUUGCUUUGCCUGGUGACUGGAUCAGAAUCCCUCAUUCAUAUGAUGCGCUGAAAAUUCCAGAAGGGCAGUGCUGGGUGGAGGGAGACAACUCAGAUUCUAGCUUGGAUUCGAGAUCUUUUGGCCCGAUUCCUUUAGGUCUAGUUGAAGGAAGGGUGACCCAUAUAAUCUGGCCUCCUCAACGAGUAGGCGAAGUAGAGAGAAGAAUUCCUCGAGGCAGGAUUUCAUCGUACUGAUUCUGUUUCCAGUGGUUCAUUCGUUUUUGCCUGGCCUGCAGAGAAACACUACUGUUCUUUUCAGCUAGAGUCCAACAAUAUGGAUUGAGUAUGUGGAUCAAGAUAUGGUGUAAACAAAUUCUGCCACCCAAAAGCAAACAGGAAUGUCAAGAUGUGUAACUACAAGAAACUGCUUCUGAUUGUGCUCAAAAUUCUUACAAAAAAAUAAAAAAAUAGUGCUCAAAA